AUGAAGGUCGUGGCUAUCACGGCGCAGGACUUCCUGUUCAAGGUCCUUGUCAGUGGCAAUCCAUUGAGCGCAGACAUCUUCCAAUCGUUUCCGUUCAACGCCACAGUCAUUCGGUUGAUUCUGCACGUUCAUCGUCUGAUUCGUCUGAUCUUGCAUUUUGGAAGUAAGGCCUGCGACUUCCAGCUCCUUGAAUUCAUUGACCUGAGUGCGAUCAAGCUCAUUAGGACAGAGACGGUCGCCCGAGAUCAUCAUCCCAGCUUCGGACAUCAGCUAACAUAUCUCCACCGCAGGUACCGAGGCCUCCGGCACUGA